AUGGUUUUUCAGCUUCCCACAACCGUUUCCAGCCACCACAACCCUGUUUUGCAGCCGAACGAAUGUUCAUCUACUUUGUUCCAAACUAUCGCAGCUCCUGCCUCCGUCGUUUGGGCUCUGGUUUCCGACUUUGAAAAUCCUCAACGCUACAAGCCAUUCGUGAGAUCCUGCAGAAUCAUAGAUGGCCAGGCGAACCAAGUUGGAUGCUUACGCCGUGUGGAUGUCGCGUCAGGACUUCCAGCCUCCUAUAGCAUCGAGCGGCUCGAGAUUCUUGAUCAUGAUCAGCGCAUCUUCAGGUUCAGCAUUGUCAGCGGCGACCACCGGUUGUCGAACUAUCGCUCGAUCAUGAGCCUACACCCCAAUGGCGGCAAUGAGACGGUGGUUGUGGAGACUUACAUGAUUGAUGCGGCCGAGGCCAACACGAAAGAAGAGACGUGUGCCUUUGUGGAUACGAUCGUGAAACUGAAUUUGCGGACCUGUCCAGAGUUGCUGAGGAUUUGGCGGGCAAAGCGCAACAAGCCUGCUCUACAUGUUUUUGAGUGGGAGUAUCGUCAAUUUUUCCUCGCAUUCAAUGGCAUAGGGGGUAUUCAUUGUCCAAGAGUUUGUAUACUUGUUCACGUAAAUCUGUUGUGUGUUAGAGCUGCCAAUGAACUGUCACCUGAAUUGUGUUGUAAUAUGUUCUUAAGCUCACUUGCUGUUGCAAAGGUAGAUUUGCAGCACCAUUUUAGUCAGAACAGAUGUGUAGAGCGAAGUGAUGCUGAUUACUUUCUAAUUUUGCAAUUCUUGGCAGGGAUAAUUCUAUAG